AAUUGACAAGUUAUGAUUGGUUCGUUUUUAGUGAAUAUUAUUUACUUCGGUUUUUCAAAAGUGAUAUAAAUUAAACAAUUUCAGAGAGAUAACAGUGUCAGUUUUAUUGUUUGUUACACGAUUAGACUAACGAGAAAGAUUCUACUUUACUUGAAAUAUUUUAGUUUUCAAAAAUAGAAAAUUCAAUCAUGAAUAAUGAAAAAGAAAAGAAAAUCUUAAUCACUGGGUUUGGACCUUUCGGUAAACAUGCAAUUAAUGCCAGUUGGGAGGCUGUAAUGGAAUUAGAAAAGAAAUCCGAUGAAUUAAAUAAAAAAUACGGUAUUCAAUUAAUUACGGAAAAUGUGCCUGUUGCUUACGAUCAUGUAUCAAAACGAAUUCCUGAACUUUGGAAGCAACAUAAACCAAUGUUCGUUUUGCAUUUAGGAGUUUCGCAUCUAGCAAAAUGUUUGACAAUCGAAUGCAGAGCUUGCAAUAAAGGCUACGAUAGACCAGAUGUAAAUAAUAAAUUACUAAACGAUAAUGAAAAUGAUGAAAAAACAUUAAAAACAACAAUUGACGUUGAUUCUCUGUGUUCGUACGUGAAUAAUAAUUCAUCAAAUUCAGGAUGCACUGCUUGUAUUUCUAAAGAGGCUGGACGCUAUUUGUGCGAAUAUAUUUUUUACAAUUCAUUGAAUAUUGAUUCCGAACGUGCUCUAUUUAUUCACGUGCCGGAUUUCAAUAUUUAUUCGACUGAUCGAACUGUUAAAGGAAUUUAUGACAUUAUUUGUCACCUUAUCGAAUGCCAACAAAAUGAGUAAAUCAUUAUUACUAUUAUUAUUAAUAAUAAAUGCUAAUAAUAGUAUUAUUAUUACAAAUAUAAAUUUUACAUCUGAUUCAAUUAUUAUAUUGACUGUAUAAGAAAAUAAAUUUAU